AUGCGAGGGGUACUGGAGGAUGACCCGUUCGACUCUCCUUUUGUGGCUUUUAAUAAUUUCAGUGACUUGGCAAACAGAACAAAUCGCUCAUGGGAGGACGUGUACAAUUUCACUGACGAGUUUGGUAAAUCCGAUUAUAUUGGCGACGCCGGAUGGGGCAUUCUGAGAAUAACUAUUUCUGUCAUUUAUUCCGUGGUCUGCGCACUUGGCUUAAUUGGAAAUAUACUUGUUUUAUACUUAAUGAAAUCCAAACAAGCAUGGAAGAAAUCGUCCAUCAACCUCUUUGUCACCAGUUUGGCAGUGACAGACUUUCAAUUUGUUUUAACCUUGCCCUUUUGGGCAGUGGAGAACGCAAUGGAUUUCACGUGGCUUUUUGGGAAAGCAAUGUGUAAGAUCAUUUCUUAUGUGACUGCAAUGAAUAUGUAUGCGAGUGUGUUUUUUCUCACAGCAAUGAGUGUGACUCGAUAUUAUUCCGUAGCCUCUGCGCUCAAACACAAACGCCGCCGUCUGCGCCUGUCUCCAAGGUGGAUGAGUGUGGCCGUCUGGAUUUCGGCGAUAGUGGCUGCGCUCCCAAACGCAGUUUUCUCCACAACUGCAACCGUGUCAAACGUAGAACUCUGCUUGGUGAAAUUUCCAGUCAGAAAAGGCGACGCGCCGUUUUGGCUGGGGCUUUACCACGCGCAAAAAGUACUUUUGGGAUUCCUCAUUCCGCUGGGAAUCAUUUCGGUCUGUUACCUGCUGCUUUUGCGCUUCAUCACCAAUAAAAAUGUCAAUACGUCAAGCGCCAAGAGACGUUCCAAGGUAACGAAAUCAGUGACAAUUGUUGUUCUCUCGUUUUUCCUCUGCUGGUUGCCCAACCAAGCCUUGACAGCAUGGGGCAUUCUUAUCAAACUCAACGUUGUUCAUUUCAGCGACGAAUAUUACACGACCCAAGCUUACAUAUUCCCCGUAUCCGUUUGCUUGGCGCAUUCCAACAGCUGCCUAAACCCCAUUCUGUACUGUUUGAUGAGGAGAGAAUUCAGGAAAGCUCUGAGGAAACUAUUUUGGCAGAUUACCUCUCCCUCAGUCACAAACAUGAGACCCAUCACAGCUUCGACCAAGCCGGAGCCAGACGCACAGGCGAAUGCUCUGGCACCCCUGAGUCCGCAAGAGCCGGCGCUCAUUUUCUACCCACCUGGUGUGGCGAUGUACAGCGGGAAGAACGACAUCCUACCUAACAGCACCUAACUGCUCAGUCACUUGUUGGAAAAUAUGUGUAGGCAUUUUAUUAGCCAGAGUUCCUAUAUCGUCCUUUUGACUUUAAAAAUGACAUUUUUGUAAGUCAUGGAAACAUGUCUUGUCAUCUGUGCGGAGACGGUGAUGAGAUACUGUU